GAGGCGUUCGAGCGGAUGGCGUUCUACGGGGUGGCGUCGAACCUGGUGGUGUACCUGACGACGCAGAUGCGGCAGGAGACGGUGUCGUCGGUGCGCAGCGUCAACAACUGGACGGGGGCGGUGUGGAUGACGCCCAUCGCCGGAGCCUACGUCGCCGACGCCUUCCUCGGCCGCUUCUGGACUUUCACCGUAGCCUCGCUCAUAUACCUCGCGGGCAUGGUUAUGAUAAGCCUGGCCGUCUCCCUGAAGCCACUGCACCCGCACUGCACGGCGGACGGUGACUGCGCCCCGGCGACCCGGCAGCAGGUGGCCUUCUUCUACGCGGCGCUUUACACAGUGGCCAUCGGCGCGGGCGGGACCAAGCCCAACGUCUCGACGUUCGGCGCGGACCAGUUCGAUGAUUUCGACGCGCGGGAGCGUGAGAUCAAGGCUUCCUUCUUCAACUGGUGGACGUUCAGCACCUUCACCGGCGGCCUCGUCGCCAUGCUCGUCCUCGUUUACGUGCAGGAGGAGGUCGGCUGGGCCGUCGGGUACGCGAUUCCAACGGUCGGCCUUGCCCUGUCUCUUGUGCUGUUCUAUGUGGGCAUGCCGUUCUACCGGCACAAGCCUGUCAGACGGAGCACGGCGGCAGGCCCGGCAAGACUGAUCGGCAAGGUGCUCCGGGCAGCCUAUUCGAACCGAGGUUGUCAGCUCACCGGGGAGCUGAACGAGCAUGACACGGCUGCUGCCGGGAGAGGGAACGGGAAGCGGCUUCUACUCCACACGCGGGAAAAUUUCAGGUUCUUGGACAAGGCGGCCAUGGUGUCAGACAGUGAGACGGCGAGGCAUGCGCCAUGCACCGUGACCGAGGUCGAGGAGGUGAAGCUCAUAGCCGGAAUGAUGGUGGUAUGGCUGGUUACUCUGGUGCCCUGCACCAUCCCGGCGCAGGUGAACACCCUCUUCGUGAAGCAAGGGACCACCCUGGACCGCUCCCUCGGGGCGGUCCGCAUCCCGGCCGCGUCCCUCGGCAGCUUCAUCACCAUCUCCAUGCUGAUCUCGAUCCCGAUCUACGACCGCGUGCUGGUGCCGCUCCUCCGGCGGCGCACCGGCGACCCGCGCGGCAUCACCCUCCUUCAGCGCCUCGGCGUCGGCUGCAUGCUGCAGGCUCUAGUCGUGGCCUGCGCCUGCCUUGUCGAGGUCAGGCGCAUGCGCGUGAUCCGGGAGCGCUCCAUCCACGGCCCCCACGACACGGUGCCGAUGAGCGUCUUCUGGAUGCUGCCGCAGUACGUGCUCCUGGGCGUCGGCGACGUGUUCAACACCAUCGGCGUCCUCGAGUUCUUCUACGACCAGUCGCCGGAGGGGAUGCAGAGCCUCGGAACCACCUUCUACACCAGCGGACUCGGCGUCGGGAACUUCCUCAACAGCUUGCUCGUGACGCUCGUGGACCGGACCACCAGGGCGAGCGUCGGCAAGAGCUGGAUCGGCGACAACCUCAACGACUCACACCUCGACUACUACUACGUGUUCCUGCUGGUGCUCUCCGUGGCCAACAUGGCGCUCUUCGUGUGGGUGGCGAUGCGGUACAAAUACAAGAAAGAGUUCUUGGAGGACAGUGGCACGAUGCGGGCGCCCCAAGCCGAGAUCGAGAUGGUGGCCGGCGGCAAGGUAACGGCGGACUCUUCACUGGUGGUGGAGCGUGAUAAGGUGGAGGGCGUACAUGUUGCGUGA